UACAAUUACGAUCGGAUGCCAGUUGAUCUGUUGCCUGUAAAAGAUUUUAUUGGUCUCUGGGGAUUAACCAAGUUUGAACGUCUAAAACUUAGUUCUAACAAUCCGGAAUUUUAUCCACCAAAUUUAAUUGAUUUUGCAAUCAAUCCGGUUCCAAAAUUUGGUGCUCGAGCUUUGAACAUCACACAUUCAUACUUUGACGAAAAGAAAAACACAGUUCGAUCUGAAUAUGGUUUUUUGAUAGUGAAAAACCGGACUAAGGUUGAUCCUAGAGUUCAUAUUGGUUACUUAACGACAAGCAGUGAAGGUUAUUCAAUGAUGGAACAAGGAUUUGCCAAAGAGAAUAAGAUGUUCUUUCAUUUAAAACAAUUUCUACGUCGUAGUUUUGAAGUUGGACGAAAUGGUACUGAGUUAGACGUCAUAGAGGUUUGUUUUCAUCUUUUUUUGGAAAAUGUGCGCAGCGAAAAUGUUGUUGGAAAUCUUUGUUCACUGGAAAAAGUGUUAGAACUACGAGAGCCCCGCGUUCUGGAGCUAAGACUUAAAGCUGAAACGAACAGUGGGAUAGAAGGAUAUAGUGCCGAGUAUAAUAAAAUAAUGCCUUAA